UUAGAGAAUUUGCAUCGAUUAAGUUGUACGCAUUGAUAAAUGAGUGGAGUUUCAUUCAUUCCGUUUCAUAUCCGAUAAGCUAAAUUUUAUUCGCAAGCCCUUUACUUUCAGAUUGUUCUCAACUUAAUUGGUCGAAUGUUUCGCGGGAUAUAUGUAGAAUAGGAGCUAUUAGAGUAAAUAAGAGUAAAUAACUGUCGAAGUUUUAGUAACGAGUAAAGCGUAAGAAAAUAGGAAAGAUUUUUUUACAAUGGAGAAAGGCAUCUCGUGUUUCGAUACGCCUUGAAAAUCAAUUCAUACUUGCGCAUUGAAAUCUAAUAGAUUUGCGAAUGAAAAAAAGGAAAGAAAAAAAACACGUCAUAUAAUCAAAAAGUAUAGUUGAAGUUUUCAAGGUGUUACUUUUACUUUCGUCUGGGCAUCACUGCCAAAGGCAUUGGACUCAACGUCGUGGCAUGUUCAAACGUCGCACUAAAGAUCCAAAGACAAUUUUGGAUUACUAAAGAUUCGAGAUCUGCAAAACGAUGAAUUCGAGUUGUUUCAAUUUAUCUCCUAAUAUGGACAGAAUGUGUAGAAUAUGUCUAACCGAAAGUAACAAUUUAAUAUCUAUUUUCUGCGCUAAUCAAGAGGUAGAUAAUUAUCCAGCACUUCCACAAAAAAUUCAAGUAUGUGGUUCAAUCGAUAUUCAUGAGCAAGAUGGAUUGCCAUCUUUGAUCUGCGAAGAUUGCAUUUAUAAAGCAAAUAUUGCUCACGAGUUUAGACAACUAUGCCAACAUUCCAAUGCUAGACUACGAUUGUAUUAUAAUAAUCCAGGAAAAUGCAAUGUUAUGGAUUCAUGUACGCAAACUGAUCUCUCUCCAUGCAUUGAACUACCGAAACAAAUAACGAAUACGCAAGACAAUUCUUUUGUUAAACAAGAAAUGCAAAUAGUAUCUAAUUCUCAAGAUUUUAAUAAUUCUAAUAAUACUUAUACUACAAAUACACCUAGUCUCGCCCCUACUGAAAUUGAUAUGCAAGACGAUAAAAUUUUCAUGAGUUCUAUCAGCUUUGAAGGUUCUAAAGUGAUUGGUAAAGAAGAAUGUUCUAUAGAAAGCAAUAUCAAUCAAAGUUCAGCGAUUGAAUCUGCUUCACAAAUAGAUACGUGUGAUAUCUAUGGAAUAAUGGAUGUUGAUGACAAGCCUCAAAUGGAGGAGCAUAGUAUUACUAAAGAAUCAGAAAAAAAUUCUAAACCAGAAGAAGAAGAAGAAGAAGAAGAAGAAGAAGAAGAAGAAGAGGAAGAAGGAGAAGAAGAGGAAGAAGAAGAAAUAGAAGAACAACAAUUUCCAACUGAACGUAUGUCUGAUGAUACAGGAACAGAAAAGGAAGCACCUCCGCAAAAACGUACGUCAAGUAGGAAAACAAAAUCAAUGUCAAACAAAUCUUACAGCGAAGACGAAGGUGAUGAUAAUUAUUAUGAUCCGAGUAGUGACAGUCAAGAUUCGGAAGAAUUGAAAUUCAAAUGUAAAAUUUGUUUGAAACGUUAUGCGACGCAGAAAGGUUUGAAAAAACAUUCUCUUGUUCAUGAAAAGAAACACAAAUGUAGUAUUUGUUUGAAACUAUUUUAUAAACAGGAAAAUAUGGAAAAACAUAAAAAGAUACACGCGUCUAAACCUCACGCUUGCCAAUUGUGCCAUGCGUGUUUUUCUAAAUCUCAAAGCCUUAUACGCCAUUUAAAGUCUCAUACGGAAAAAGUGAAUGAUAUGAUUAAGCAGAUAAAUACAGAUGAACGAAAAGAAACUACGAAAAAAGAACUAAAAUGCGAGGAUGAUACUGAAGAUGAAAGUGUUACAGUAAACGAACCAGACGAAUUUGAAAAUGCUCCUGAAUUAUAUAAAUGUGAAAUCUGCGAUCAGUACUGUUCUUCGUUAAAAAAUUUAAAAAGACAUGCUCUCAUACAUGGGGAUAAAAAAUAUUCUUGCACAGUAUGUAAAAAGUGGUUCUUCAGACCGGACACAUUAAAAAAACACGCCGAAAAGCAUGGGCAUGGAUUAUUAGAUAAUUUAGUAGAUGAUAACAAACUAUUUGAUUCGGACGACGAUGCUUUUCCAAAUGAUACAACAAAUACUUUACCAGAAAAUGAAACUAUUAAAAAAGAAGAUAGCGAAGAAGAUGGAUCUGGUGAAUACAAGUGCCAACAUUGCGACAAAAUCAUGGCUACUAAGAAAGGUCUUAGGCGUCACGUGUCCAUGCACAAGCCUAAAGCUGAACCAGUAACUUGUGAAAUUUGUAAAAAAGUCUGUGCUAGUCAAGCUCGUCUUGUUCUUCAUCAAAGGACACAUAAACCCAAGGAAAAAGUGCCACGAGAAUAUUUAUGUCAUAUUUGUAGUAAGGUAUAUCCGAGUAAUUCGUCGCUUACAUACCAUAUGAGAACUCAUUCAGGAGUGAAACCACAUGUUUGCAAAACAUGUAACAGUGGAUUUACAACAACUACCAGUUUGGCAAAUCAUAUUCGUAUUCAUACAGGGGACAAACCUUAUGUAUGUCAUGUUUGUAGUGCAGCAUUUGCUGUGAGUUCUGCGUUUAGGAGACAUUUGACACGACAUACGGGUGAAGCAAAUUAUCUCUGUAAAACGUGCGGCAAAGCUUUCAAGCGGCUUAGUACUCUGAAAGAACAUACUUAUACUCAUUCUGGUGAAAAACCUUAUGUUUGUAAGACUUGCGGCGCUGCAUAUAGUCACAGUGGUAGUUUAUUCGCGCAUCAGAAACGUUGUCGUGUCCAAUAUGGUGAAAUGGUUGCAGAUGAACAUCAUCAUGCUGUUGCGCAUCAUAUUCAUGUAAAUAAUGUGCAAUCUACGGUGAGAUCGCUUACUGUGAUAGGGCAGUUAUAUUGAAGAGUCAAAUCAGUUAUAUGAAAUACACCUAUUUUACUUGAAAUAUUUAUAUGAGAAUAAAUUUGUGACUUUUGUGCUGCAAUGAAAAUAACACUAAUAUUCUUUCUAUGAACAAAUAUUAUAAAUGAUGUAUUAUGAAGGAUAUUCUUGAGUGUAAAUAUUUAGACAGCUCUUUUUUUAUUAUUUAAAUAUCUGUUUAAAUAUUUCCAUCGUAUAUAAAAAAUACUUGACUAAUGUUCUGUUAUAGAAAGUACAUUAUCUAAUAUGUUAGAUUAAUAUUCAUAUUAUACACAUUUUUUUGUGUGUAUUUGUUUAAUAUAAAUUGCACGUAUAUUUUUACAAAAUUGUUCGUAUGAAUUUAAUGAUCCACAAAUUACUAAUUUGAUCUAUUACAAGAAAAACGGCAUAAUAUAAGAAAUAUAUUCUAUGAAUUUUUAACAUGAAUUAAUAACAUUAUUUUCAUUCUUGCAAAUAUGCAUAUUAGGGGAAGAGACUGAUUAUUAUUCAUCUAGACUUUAGAUGCCUCCAAAAUUGUAAAUAUUUGAAGCAUUAAGAAUGAUUAUUUUGUAUAUCAUAACUUAAAUAGAAAUAUUCCUUUUCAUUUUAGCUUUUUUCAUGUUGUUUCAGUAUUUCAAAUAAGUAAACAGAUGUGUAUACAAAAACAUUAAAAUAUUUUUAAAACCAAGAUAACAA